AUGGCUUCAGCACUUGAUAGAGUCAACCUUAAAUCCGACGCCGACGUUGAAAAUGGAUCUCAAGGAACACUCGAUAAUGCGAAAGUCACAGUUAUGGAUCAUGGCUACGCGCAGGAGCUGAAGCGUCAAUUAACUUUAUUGGACAUAAUAUCCUUCAUGUACAAUGAGGCUGGCGCAACAACAUAUACUGAUAUGACCGACCAAAGGGCCUGGAUCGCCGCGUUGAACUCUCUGACAAUCCCCUUUUACAAUGGAGGUCAAGGCAAGACUACUCUGGAUUGGCCAGAGCCCUACUAA